AUCUGGAGUGUAUAUGCUAUCCGUCUUGAUUCUUUUUUUUAAAAAUAGUCUUAAAUUGGGUGAAUUAGCAGGCAAAGUUAAAGAAAAAAGUCAAAUAUUUUAAAAGAUGUGUACAGGAAAGUGUGCACGGUUAGUGGGUUUGAUACUCUUGCCCUCUGCGUUUCUGUGUAUGAUAGCCAACCUGCUGUUGUUCUUCCCCAGUGGCAAUGUUUUGGAAAUUGAUCAAAUCUCCUUACAGGUCUGGCUGAUGGGAGGAAUCUUCGGUGGAGGCUUGUUUAUGCUGUGUCCAAGCUGUUCGGCUAUCAGAGCUGGUGGAAAGGGCUGCUGUGGGAACGGUUGCUGUGGAAAUCGUUGUCGUAUGCUGAACUCUGUGUUUUCCUCUGCAUUUGGUCUAAUUGGGGCAAUAUACAGCACCAGCGUGGCAUCUGCAGCACUGGCUAUUGGACCAAAAUGUCGCCUGACCUCAGGGACCUGGAACUAUCCGUUUGAGAACCUGCCCCAAGAUAAUACCAGCUACUUGGUGGAUAAAUCUCAGUGGUCUGAGUGUGCUUUCCCAGAAAAUGCAGUCCUCUGGCAUAUUGUACUGUUCUCCAUUGUACUAGGUCUGGGUGUCCUGCAGGUCGUGCUUCUUGGGAUCCAGGUCAUUAAUGGCUGCAUUGGUUGUAUCUGUGGAGACUGUCGAGAAAGGACAGAGGAUGAUGGAGGAUUGUGAAUGGAAGAUAUUAUCAAGACAAAAUCAAGGGAUCAAAUUCCAUAACACAUAUUUUGUUCACUGAUAGAUAGCAAUCACAUACAUAUCUAUUUAUUAACGUGAUCUAAUUAAAUUAUACCUCUAUAAAAAUACAUUUUCAACAGUUUCAUUUUUAAUUUACAACAGGAUCUAUUUUUAUAGUGCAUUUCCAUCAGUCAUCUGAAAGCAAUACUGCAUAUGUGAACAUUGCUUAGGAAUUUACUGUUAAUGUCAACUUUGUACACUGUGCUAUUUAUAUUGCUAUUACCAUCAAUUAUUAAGCAAUGUGCUAUAAAUAUGUAUUAAUUAUUGACUAAAAUUGAGUAAUAUCUUUACAAAGAGCUUGAAGCUCUCAGGCUCGAUAAUAAAAUUUGUUUUACCUUUGACCCUUCAA